AUGCAACUCAAAGGUUGCCGUUCGAUAUGGCUUGCGCUUGUCUGCUGCCUAUUCAUCAGUUGGACUUUGGGGUCUGCACUACCUCACGUCAGGAGGCAGGAUUCUCCCGCAGCACCGACCGCCAUCAACCCACCCUCGAGCACAAUCAGCUCUCAUGCCAGUACGACACCUAUACCACCAACUGGUGGGACGGGCUCUUUGACUGAGUCUUCAGCUACGGCAAGUGUUACUGCCACUGAUGGUAUUUACAACAUUACAAUCCCACAGGGUGAACUCCCUCUUGAACCGAGAAUUACACCAGCAUGGGGUGUUGCUGGUGUAAUACUCCUGGGGACAGGAGCUGUAUAUGCUCUUAUUGGGAUUAAGAUCAGGGGCUUGCACACCUUCUUCUCGACUGCCUUCCUUUCCGCUCUGGGCACUUGUGUGUUGAUCGUAUACGUCAUGGUGCCCCCCAUACCCGAGGGAAUCCAAGGAGCCUACCUGGUAGCGGUUGUCCUGACUGGCGUCGCCCUCGGAGGUCUCGCCAUGGUAUUCAAAGAGAUCACGGAAGGAUUGGGCUGUCUCUUGGGUGGCUUUUGUCUCAGCAUGUGGCUGCUGACGCUCAAAGAGGGCGGCCUUUUGACCGGUAUGGGGACGAAAGGUGGCUUCGUGGCCGCUAUCGCUCUGGGUACAUUUGCCUUUUACUUCAGUCACCAUACCAGGCACUAUGCGCUCAUUGCCAGCACCUCGUUCUCUGGUGCGACCGCCGUUGUUCUAGGAAUAGACUCGUUCAGUAGAGCGGGUCUAAAGGAGUUUUGGGCCUACAUCUGGGCUCUCAAUGACCGCCUGUUCCCCCUUGGUACAGUUACAUACCCGAUCACAAGAGGCAUUCGCGUUGAGAUCGCUAUUACGAUCGUGAUCUUCCUUGCCGGGAUUGUGUCUCAACUUAAGGUGUGGCUCAUCAUCAAGCAGCACCGCGAGAAGCAGGAAACCGAGAGGCUCGAGGCGCGACGCAACUUGGAUGAAGAAGAGGCACGAGUGGGGAGGCAGAUCGAGGAGGCAGCAGCAGCAGACAGGCGGGACUGGGAGGCGAUUCACGGUGAUGUUCAAUACCAAGAGGGACCGACAGACUCUCCCACCAAUUCAGCCAGCGGAUCGAUCAGAAAUGAAAAGGGUGUUGCAACCGUCAAAGAGAUGGAUUCUACUGCCCGGUCGACGGCAAUGGAGUCUACGGAGCUGGUAGUGAUGGACGGCGAAGACGAAAAGGGCCCAGCAAAAAGUCUUCACCACAACCCCAUGUCCAAGUCCAAUCUUACACUGGUGCACCACGAAGAAAUUGCGAAUCCAGAACCAGCAGUUGUGCCGCUCCCUUUCAACCCGCCGUUGCCCAAAGAAGGGGAAGCCGGAAAUGGCGAUGAUGAUGAUGCAUCAUCAGUGGCGGCAUAUGCAGGCGACGAAAAUGAGCAAGCGGAGGACAGCGGCAGCAACAGACGGUUGUCGUCCAGGCAAAUGUCUCAUGCACCCGUCAUCAAGAGCUUGUCGCAAGGGUCUAGACGAGAAUCCAUUACUGAUACGAUGGAGCACAGUCAGAGAAGAGAGCUUCGGUUGACAGAGUCAGUCAUACGUGACGACCAACGAAGCUCCAUUGAGGCUGCCUUUGAUGACAUGAGCAUAGGCGAGAAAGACGACACAACCACGGAAGGCAAAAAUGCGGAAAAGAGGGAAGUCACCGCAAGCCUGGCCAGGAAGCCGUCCAGCACUGACGUGACCUCUGUGUUGGAGCUUGCAACUGGUGCUACUGCAGAGCUCACAGCGCAUGCUCCUUCUGAGACUGGAAAGCAGUCGACAUUGGUCGAUGCUGCGACUACAAACAUCACAGAGGAUUUCGACACGGCACAAGCCAGCCAGGACGGUGAAGACAACAAACUUCAUUCGCCUGAUUCUGUAGCCGAGGCUGUGACAGAGAACGCAGAAAAACUUGAUGAGCUAGUAAAAUCUCCUGAAGCUCCAAAGAAAGCAGUUCUGGCAGACGAGCUGCCACAGGCAAUGUCCAGAGUUGCCAUGUCACAUCGUACAAAUGAAUGGGCAAAGCACCUGAGUCUGGCAGAAACCCCAGUGCUUGAGGUACUAAAGUUUGAGGAUUUAGACACGAACGAGGCUGCCGAGCUGAAGCCUGAGGUGCAAGAGCAGCCUGCACCUGUCAACACCGAGGAGCUUCAACAGACGGCAAACAACGCGGCCCUUCCAUUGGCUAUCAGCAGGCCGCCCAGUACAUUAUCGAUCUAUCAGCCUCAGACACCACAAGCACUGACUCCAUCACAGUCUCGGCUGUCUUGGCACCCAGAUACCCAGUUCAAAGACGGUGGUUCGACCUCGGCCACGGCUGAUAAAACCUACAACAGGACGCCGUCAACAAGCAGACCCUCAGUUCCCGCCAUUGUCCCGAUACUGAAGGAUCCUCAAAGUCUACGUCCCAUGCCUACAACGACUCCGCCACCAAUGUUAGAUGCUAAGACCUUGCGCCGCCGAUCAGCAUCUCCAGGUCCAAACGUCUCGGUCACAACGCUUAACAGACAAGUGGUACCUGGCGUGGUUCCAUACGCAAACCCCCAAACUCUUAUAGGGCAACGAGACGUCAUAGUCCGACGGAAAUCUAUCUUUGGCGGCCUCCAAAGUGGUCUGAUGGAGUCCUUGCCAAUCACUCACUCUGGUAACGCCGGUGGAGCUGCCCAACCGGCGGCUCCAAUGCCGUACGCGGCCUCACCUUCACAGUCUCCAUAUGGUACAUCUCCAUAUCAUACGUCUACAGAUGACCUGCCCCUGAGCAGACGUCGUGAGCUCAUGAUGCGACAGCAAAGUCUGCUCAGCUUGUCUGGGAACGAAGUCCUUCCGAACUCACCGUACAUCAUGCCACAGCGCAGUCAGAGCCGAGCUUCGGUCGGCAACCUUUCAUACCUCACCGCCGUACCAGGACCCUCGGUCAGCUCAGACGCCCUCGCAUUCAACUCGCACCAACCGCGCAGGGCAUCCAUGGCCCCCUCGCCUGAGGUGCGCGAGUCGCAGUUGGCAUACUUCCGCAACUCGCUCGCCGCCGAGAUGCGUGCCGGCCCGAUGAUUGGAGGCCGCCAGUCGCCAGGCCCGAGGAACGUCCUCGGUGCCGAGGCAGACAAUGCCAACGUGGAGCUCCACCGUGGGAUAAUGCUUGGUCAGCGAGACGCCGAGAUGCAAAAACGGGACAUUGAAAACACGCAGCGCGUAAGGGCUGGGUUUGCACUCGAUGAAAGGAUGAGAAGUAAUGAAAUGCAGGAAGCACAUCGUAAUGUCUUGAGGAAAAUGCAGGCUUCAGUCAAGGAUACAUAA